AUUGCUGUUGGCAGAGAAGCAGAAGGAACAGUAACAGAAUAGUUUCCCUGCUGUUCAGCAGGUAGUUUUGUCUAAAGGACCAAUCUAGAAUAAUAUUAUUGAUUGAGCAGAGUGAACUCAUGUCUGAGAGUUGGGGAAGCAUGGCUAGUAUCAAACAGAAAACCGUGCUUCAGUCUGAUUUUGAUAUCUGCCUUCCUUAUGCUGUGGGCUAAUUUAUUCUGUUAAUUUACAUCUUAUUCAUUUUUCCCUCAUUUUCCUCUAAUUAUAACUAGUCUAUUUUGCCUUUUCUAAUGGAUUUUACAAAGAAAGAUUUUUGCUCAGUAUUUGUCUUCAUAAAUUCUCAUUGCUGCUGCUGCCCUCAAAAGGAUUGUGUAAAUGAGGGGGUGAAGCCAGCCAGUUUUGACAAAGUAGCGAUUCCUGAAGUGAAAGAAAUUAUUGAAGGAUGCAUACGGCAAAACAAAGAUGAAAGAUAUUCCAUCAAAGACCUUUUGAACCAUGCCUUCUUCCAGGAGGAAACAGGGGUACGGGUAGAAUUAGCAGAAGAAGAUGAUGGAGAAAAGAUAGCCAUUAAAUUAUGGCUACGUAUUGAAGAUAUUAAGAAAUUAAAGGGAAAAUACAAAGACAACGAAGCCAUUGAGUUUUCCUUUGACUUAGAGAGAGAUGUGCCAGAAGAUGUUGCUCAAGAAAUGGUAGAGUCUGGGUAUGUCUGUGAAGGUGAUCACAAGACCAUGGCCAAAGCUAUCAAAGACAGAGUCUCAUUAAUUAAGAGAAAACGAGAGCAGCGGCAGUUGGUACGGGAGGAGCAAGAAAAAAGAAAGCAGGAAGAGAGCAGUCUGAAGCAUCAGGUAGAACAACAAUCAAGUGCUUCCCAGACAGGGAUCAAGCAGCUGCCUUCUGCUAGUGCCGCCUUACCUACUGCUUCCACCACAUCAGCUUCUGUUUCUACACAAGUAGAACCUGAAGAACCUGAGGCAGAUCAACAUCAACAACUUCAGUACCAGCAACCCAGUAUAUCUGUGUUAUCUGAUGGGACGGUUGACAGUGGUCAGGGAUCUUCUGUCUUCACAGAAUCUCGAGUUAGCAGCCAACAGACAGUUUCAUAUGGUUCCCAACAUGAACAGGUGCAUUCUACUGGCACAGCCCCAGGGCAUACAGCUUCUGUUGUCCAAGCACAAUCUCAGCCCCAUGGGGUAUAUCCAUCCUCAAGCAUGCCUCAGUCCAUGGCGCAUCCGUGUGGGGGGACCCCAACAUACCCAGAAUCACAGAUAUUUUUCCCAACUAUUCAUGAACGUCCAGUUUCUUUUUCACCACCUCCCACCUAUCCAUCGAAAGUAGCCAUUUCCCAACGGCGUAAGAGCACCUCCUUCCUGGAAGCCCAAACUCACCACUUUCAACCCCUGCUGAGGACUGUUGGCCAAAAUCUUCUUCCACCUGGUGGCAGCCCAACUAAUUGGACGCCAGAGGCCGUAGUUAUGUUGGGUACUACAACCAGUAGAGUAACUGGAGAGCCAUGUGAGAUACAGGCCCAUCCUGUGUUUGAACCAACUCAAGUUUACAGUGACUAUAGACCUGGACUAGUAUUGCCAGAAGAAGCUCACUAUUUUAUUCCUCAGGAAGCAGUCUAUCUAGCUGGGGUACAUUACCAGGCCCAGGUGGCAGAACAGUAUGAGGGCAUUCCAUACAGCUCACCAGUACUGUCAAGUCCUGUGAAACAGAUUCCUGAACAGAAGCCAGUGCAAGGGGGCCCUACCGCAAGUUCUGUCUUUGAAUUUCCAUCUGGACAGGCUUUCCUGGUAGGACACCUCCAGAAUUUGAGAUUAGAUUCUGGAUUGAGUCCAGGAUCUCCCUUGUCUAGUAUUUCUGCACCUAUCAGUACAGAGGCUACACGUUUGAAAUUUCACCCUGUCUUUGUUCCUCAUUCUGCACCUGCUGUGUUAACUCAUAACAAUGAGAGCAGAAGCAACUGUGUAUUUGAAUUUCAUGUUCACACACCAAGCUCCUCUUCAGGAGAAGGAGGUGGAAUUUUACCUCAGCGUGUUUACCGAAAUCGACAGGUUGCAGUGGACUCGAAUCAGGAAGAACCAGCUCCUCAGUCAGUUGGAUUACAUGGCCACCUGCAGCCUGUGACUGAAGAACAGCGUAAUUACCAUGUCCCAGAAUUGACCGUUUCUGUGGUAGAUCCUGUCGGACAGAACUGGCCAAUAGGAAGCCCAGAAUAUUCCAGUGAUUCCUCACAGAUCACUUCUUCAGACCCCAGUGAUUUUCAAUCACCUCCCCCUACAGGGGGAGCAACUGCGCCUUUUGCCUCUGACGUCUCAUUACCCUUUAUCCGUCUGCCUCAGACAGUGUUACAAGAAUCCCCACUUUUCUUCUGUUUCCCCCAAGGAACCACAUCUCAGCAGGUUCUAACUGCCUCAUUUUCUUCAGGAGGAUCUACACUCCAUCCACAGGCACAGGGCCAGAGCCAAGGUCAGCCAUCCUCAAGUAGUUUCACAGGGGUUUCAUCUUCCCAGCCCAUACAACAUCCUCAACAGCAGCAGGGACUACAACAGACAGCCCCUCCUCAACAGACAGUGCAGUAUUCUCUUCCACAGACAUCAGCCUCCAGCGAGGCCACUAUUACACAGCCAGUGAGUCAGGCUAAAGCUCCACAGGUCUUGCCUCAAGUAUCAUCUGGAAAACAGCUUCCAGUUUCCCAGCCAGUACCAACUAUCCAAGGCGAACCUCAGAUCCCAGUUGCGACACAACCCUCAGUUGUUCCAGUCCACUCUGGUGCUCAUUUCCUCCCAAUGGGACAGCCACUUCCUACUUCCUUGCUCCCUCAGUACCCUGUCUCUCAAAUUCCCAUUUCAACUCCUCAUGUGUCUAUGGCUCAGACAGGUUUCUCAUCUCUUCCCAUCACAAUGGCAGCUGGCAUUAAUCAGCCUCCACUCACGUUGGCUUCAUCUGCUGUGCCAGCUGUGAUCCCAGGGGGAUCAACUGUGGUUCCUAGCCAACUUCCAACUGUUUUGCAGCCAGUGACUCAGCUGCCAAGUCAGGUUCACCCACAGCUCGUACAACCAGUAGUUCAGUCCAUGGGAAUACCAGCUAACCUUGGACAAGCUGCUGAGGUUCCACUUCCCUCUGGAGAUGUUCUGUACCAGGGCUUCCCACCUCGACUACUGCCACAAUACCCAGGAGAUUCAAAUAUUGCUCCCUCUUCCAACGUGGCUUCUGUUUGCAUCCAUUCUACAGUCCUAUCCCCUCCCAUGCCAACAGAAGCAUUGGGUGCACCUGGUUACUUUCCUACAAUGGUGCAGCCUUAUGUGGAAUCAAAUCUUUUGGUUCCUAUGGGUGGUAUAGGAGGACAGGUUCAAGUGUCCCAACCAGCAGUGAGUUUAGCACAACAAGCCCCCACUACAUCCUCCCAGCAAGCAGUUCUGGAGAGUACUCAGGGAGUCUCUCAGGUUGUUCCUCCAGAGCCAGUUCCAGCAGCACAGCCACAACCCACCCAGCCUGCCACGUUGGCUUCCUCUAUAGACAGUGCACAUUCAGAUGUUGCUUCAGGUAUGAGUGAUGGCAAUGAGAAUGCCCCAUCUUCCAGUGGGAGACAUGAAGGAAGGACUACAAAACGGCAUUAUCGAAAAUCUGUGAGGAGUCGCUCUCGACAUGAAAAGACUUCACGCCCAAAAUUAAGAAUUUUGAAUGUUUCAAAUAAAGGAGACCGAGUAGUAGAAUGUCAAUUAGAGACUCAUAAUCGGAAAAUGGUUACAUUCAAAUUUGACCUAGAUGGUGACAACCCUGAAGAGAUAGCAACAAUUAUGGUGAACAAUGACUUUAUUCUAGCAACAGAGAGAGAGUCAUUUGUGGAUCAAGUACGGGAAAUUAUUGAAAAAGCUGAUGAAAUGCUCAGUGAGGAUGUCAGUGUGGAACCAGAGGGUGACCAGGGAAUGGAGAGUCUACAGGGAAAGGAUGACUAUGGCUUUUCAGGGUCUCAGAAAUUGGAAGGAGAGUUCAAACAACCAGUUGCUGCAUCUUCCAUGCCACAACAAAUAGGUAUUCCUACCAGUUCUUUAACUCAAGUGGUUCAUUCUGCGGGAAGACGGUUUAUAGUGAGUCCUGUGCCAGAAAGUCGAUUACGAGAAUCAAAAGUUUUCACCAGUGAAAUACCAGAUACAGUUGCGGCCUCUACAUCUCAGAACGCUGGAAUGAACUUGUCUCACUCUGCUUCAUCCCUUAGUCUACAACAGGCUUUUUCUGAACUUAGACAUGCCCAAAUGACAGAAGGACCCAAUACAGCACCUCCUAACUUUAGUCAUACAGGACCAACAUUUCCAGUAGUACCUCCUUGCUUAAGUAGCAUUGCUGGAGUUCUGACUGCAGCAGCAGCCACACCUUCAGUAUCAGUCCCUGCAACAGGCAGUCCUCUUAAUGACACUUCCACAUCAGUAAUUCAGUCUGAGGUUACCGUGCCCACUGAAAAAGGGGUUGCUGGCACAGGUGUGGCAACUUCAGGUGGUCUCCCUGUGCCACCUGUGUCUGAAUUGCCAGUCCCUUCCAGUGUAGUUUCAAGUAUUCCAGUACCUGCAGUUGUCUCAAUAUCUGCUGCGUCCCAGCCACUUCAGGCCUCUUUAUCUGGGAGCAUUGUUUCUAGUGCAGGCACUUUUCCUUCUGUAACAGUUUCAGUGACUUCAGCCUCUGCAGUGGGCAGUGCUGCUGCCACAGGUGCUCAGCCUCCUGCUGUGUUAUCUCAGCAGGCAGCAGGUGGUACUCCUGUGGUAACCACACUAACAUCUGUUUCUACCGCCACUUCAUUCCCAAGCACAGCCUCACAGCCGUCCCUUCAGCUUAGCAGCAGCACCUCUGCUCCUACUCUAGCUGAAACAGUGGUGGUUAGUGCACACUCACUAGAUAAGACAUCUCACAGCAGUGCAACUGGAUUGGCUUUUUCCCUUUCUGCACCAUCUUCCUCUUCCUCCCCUGGAACAGGAGUGUCUAGUUCUGCUGCUCAGCCAGGUGGAAUGUAUCCUGUGGUCAUCCCAUCAGUGGUAGGUUCUACUCCUGUUCUUCCCCAAGCAGCGGGACCUACGUCUACACCUUUAUUACCCCAAGUACCUAGUAUCCCACCCUUAGUACAACCUGUUGCCAAUGUGCCUGCUGUGCAGCAGACACUGAUUCAUAGUCAGCCUCAACCAGCUUUGCUUCCCAACCAGCCCCAUACUCACUGUCCUGAGGUAGAUGCUGAUACACAACCCAAAGCUCCUGGGAUUGAUGACAUAAAGACUCUGGAGGAAAAGCUGCGGUCUCUCUUUAGUGAGCACAGCUCAUCUGGAGCUCAGCAUGCCUCUGUCUCACUGGAGACAUCACUCAUUGUAGAGACCACUGUCACACCGGGCGUCCCGACCACUGCUGUUGCACCAAGCAAACUCAUGACUUCCACUACAAGUACUUGCUUACCACCAACCAACUUGCCAUUAGGAACAGCUGCUUUGUCAGUUAUACCAGUGAGUACACCUGGGCAGGCUUCUACCCCAGUCAGCGCUACUUCAGGAGUGAAACCUGGAACUAUUCCCUCAAAACCACCUUUAACUAAGGCUCCGGUACUGCCAGUGGGUACUGACCUUCCAGCAGGUACUCUGCCCAGCGAGCAGCUGCCACCUUUCCCAGGACCUUCACUAACUCAGUCUCAGCAACCUCUAGAAGAUCUUGAUGCUCAAUUGAGAAGAACACUUAGUCCAGAGACUAUUAUGGUGACAUCUGCAGUUGGUCCUGUGUCCGUGGUGGCUCCAACAGCGGGUACGGAAGCAGGAGCACCGCUUCAAAAGGAUGUUUCUCAAGGCACAGAAGGCCCUGCCCUAGCAACCAGUUCAGGAGCUGGUGUUUUUAAGAUGGGGCGAUUUCAGGUUUCAGUUGCAAUGGAUGAUGCCCAGAAAGAGGGUAAAAUUAAAUCAGAAGACAUAAAGUCUGUUCGUUUUGAAUCCAGCACUUCAGAGUCUUCAGUGCUAUCAAGUAGUAGUCCAGAGAGUACCCUGGUGAAGCCAGAGCCUAAUGGGAUAACCAGCCAUGGUAUUGCUUCAGAUGUGCCAGAUAGUGCUCACAGAACUCCUGCCUUAGAGACAAAAUCAGAAACUGGCCAGCCUACCAAGGUCGGACGUUUCCAGGUGACAGCCACAACAAACAAAGUGGGUCGUUUCUCGGUAUCGAAAACUGAGGACAAGAUUGUUGAGGCAAAGAAGGAGGGACCAGCGGCAUCUCCUCCAUUUAUGGGUUUAGAACACGCUGUUCUUCCUACUGUGACACCAAAGAAAGAAAAGCCGGAACCGUCAGAGCCUUCACAUCUAAACGGGCCGUCUUCUGACCUAGAGGCUGCCUUUCUAAGUAGGGAUGUGGACGAUGGUUCAGGCAGUCCACACUCCUCCCAACAGCUGUGCUCAAAGAGCCUUCCUAUCCAGAGUCUAAGUCAAAGCCUUAGUAACUCAUUUAACUCCUCUUACAUGAGUAGUGACAAUGAGUCAGAUAUUGAAGAUGAAGACUUAAAGUUAGAGCUGCGACGACUACGAGAAAAACAUCUUAAAGAAAUUCAGGAUCUACAGAGUCGCCAGAAGCAUGAAAUUGAAUCUUUGUAUACCAAACUGGGCAAGAUUCCCCCUGCUGUCAUUAUUCCCCCAGCUGCUCCCCUUUCAGGGAGAAGAAGACGACCUACCAAAAGCAAAGGCAGCAAGUCGAGUCGCAGCAGUUCCUUGGGGAACAAAAGCCCCCAGCUUUCAGGUAACCUGUCUGGUCAGAGUGCAGCUUCAGUCUUGCACCCCCAGCAGACCCUCCAUCCUCCUGGCAAUGUCCCAGAGUCUGGGCAGAAUCAGCUGUUACAGACCCUUAAGCCAUCUCCCUCCAGUGACAACCUCUGUUCAGCCUUCACCAGUGAUGGUGCCAUUUCAGUACCAAGCCUUUCUGCUCCAGGUCAAGGCUGUGCGAAGUUUAACUGUGCAUCUGAGCAGGUGACAUUCAAACCUGGUGGCAGGAGGACCCGAUUUCUGAGUACGCCCUGCUUGGCUCUUUGGAAGAUGGUGAAAAAAGUCUGUCCCUGCAACCAGCUCUGUAGGACUAGCAGCACAAACACCGUCGGAGGAACAGUGAACAGCCAAGCCGCCCAGACUCAGCCUCCGGCCAUGACGUCCAGCAGGAAGGGCACAUUCACAGAUGAUCUGCACAAGUUGGUCGACAACUGGGCCCGCGAUGCCAUGAAUCUCUCAGGCAGGAGAGGAAGCAAAGGACACAUGAGUUACGAGGGCCCUGGAAUGGCAAGAAAGUUCUCUGCACCUGGGCAGCUAUGCAUCUCCAUGACCUCGAACCUGGGUGGCUCUGCCCCCAUCUCUGCAGCAUCAGCUACCUCUCUAGGUCAUUUCACCAAGGCUAUGUGCCCCCCACAGCAGUACGGUUUUCCAGCCGCCCCAUUUGGCGCUCAGUGGAGUGGGACGGGUGGCCCAGCACCACAGCCCCUCGGCCAGUUCCAGCCUGUGGGAACUGCCUCCCUGCAGAAUUUCAGCAUCAGCAAUUUGCAGAAAUCCAUCAGCAACCCCCCGGGUUCCAACCUGCGGACCACUUAGCCAGACCUAGAGACAUUAAUGAGUAGAUCUGGGGGCAGGAGACAGAAUGCGGAAGGGAGGGAAGGGUUGGGAGGGUAGCCUAUUACUAACGACUAGUGCUGCGCUUAGCUGGUGGCUUCUUGCCCGAAGGGAAUGUUCUAAUACCGCGCUGAGCCCUCAGAAUGGAGCGUCUCCCUCCCCCUCCGUCCACUGGAUUGGGGCAAAAAGGAAAGAGCAGCUUCCUGUGAAGGGGCAGUUUCAGACCAUGCUUUCCUGUUUGUCUCUACCCAGCAGUGAAGGCGAGGGCCAGGACAGUCUUGUUCAUGAGGAAGCUACUGGGGGGGUGGAGCUCGGUGUGAAGUCGGCCCCGUCAAAUUUCAAGCGUGUGGAGCUCUUGGUUUUGGUACACGCCCCAACCCCUUACUCCCUCAAGAAUCCAAACCACAAGACAAAAGGAAAAACAGCCAUUGGGCUCUCUCCUACCCUUCCCUCUCCUUUUCUUCCCCCCCUCUUUUUUGGUUCUUUUUGUUUUUCUUUGCUCUUUAGAACCCAGUGAAAAAUACCAGGGGACUGGGGGUGCAACCCUUUAUGAUAGGUCAUUAGUGCUUUAAGCAAAAGAUAUUAGCAGCUUUGACUGCAGCAUUAGCAAUUAGGAAAAAAGAAAUUAAGUUCCCUGCGGACAUGUAACUUUGCCAUCAGUUUUGAUGUGGAAACACUGUGAUAUAUAAAUGUUGUUGGACAACAGUAGUUUUAAGAGUAAAAUAUGAAACGUUUAAAAAGUUCCAAAAAAAGCUAGCUUUGUCCUCUACUUAUUGAGACACUUUAACUUUUUCCUUUGUAUUUCCAUUGUAUUAGAUAAAUAAAUGUGAAUGUAAAAUUGUAUAAAUUACUGUACUUGAAUACUUCUGUUCUCCCAGUGUUGCUUGCUGGACAUUUUAGUGCCUUGGACUUCUAUUGCUUCUGCCAUCAGCACCAACUUAUCAGACCCAGACCCCAGAUCAACAUGGGCAUGUGGAAGAAAAUCCUAGGUCCAUGUGACCCCAGCAGUGGGCAUGCCAAAGGGAAACGGAAAGAGUUUUUUUUUUUUUUAAGUCACUCAACAACUUUGUCUAGAGCAGGUGUAAGAUGAGUAGGGUGAGAAGUUAAGUUGGCAUUAGUGGUUGAAAACAGGAAGGUCUGCUUCAGGAUAGUGAGGAUGGGUGUUACAACAAAAUUGGGCGAUUUAAGACUGAGUGGUGAGUGCUGAGCAGAAGAUGGCGACUAAAGAACGGGGAGCAAACUUGUGUUGAGGCCAUGUGACGCCUGGCCUGUGGCUGUCAUGAACCUACUGACUGGAGCCAGGCUUGACCAGACAUGACCUAGAGGAAACUGAACACGAGGAGAAGGGGGUGGGGACUAGUCUUUAAGUCAGGAAGCGCUGAGAGCAAAGUCACAAAUGGAGAAGGCUGCUCUAAGAAAAGCUGUGGGUCGCCUUCCUCUUGUUGCAGGUGGACCGUGCAUUUCUUCAGCUUGGGGACCUCUGUCUUGUGGAAAAGGACUUUCUGCGUCUGAGUUGGAAAGAACACUUAUGCCUACCCAUUUCCUCUAUGAUGUCCACAUGGUUGCAGGAUCAUAAUCUAUUGUGCCACCUUCAAAUUACAACUAAUACUCUCACAUUUUCAUAUAAAUAUUCCCCUUGAAUAAUAACUGCAACCAACCAGUAUUAUUUAGUGCUAUGCCUGGCUGUAACGGGCAGUCUAUUAUUUUCAGAGCUUUCUGGAAAUACUGUCCUAACUGGCUGUUUGGGAUCUGUUCUCUCGAGAUGGAGAGAAAGGCCGGGACUCUCCGCGUUUGGAGUGUUCCGUCUCUUGACUUAGGAAACGGACAUGUUUCCAAUCUUUCACCCGCCUCAACGGCACAUCCCAGGAACCAGCGCCAGAGGCUGGAGGCGUUCUGAGCCCUGGGCGCUCCUGUGGGUCCCGUUGACUUCGGUAAGCUGGCCUGGGCCGAGAUGCACGUGAGAGCUGAAGGCUUCAGGAAGGUGGACGUGGAAGGGGCAGGGGCGUCAGGCCUGCUUUGAGGCUGCGGCGUUUAUUCUCUGCUUGUGAUUCUGGGGAGAGGAGGAGGAUGGGACCGAGUGAGGAAAGGACCGCCUGAGACUUCACACCAGAGGAACGAGGGGGCCGGGCGCAGCAUGUGACUGUUAUUUUGGCUUAAUAAUCUGGAAAUCUAUUCAUACACAAAAAGAACUGGUUUUAUUUACUGUUGAUUUUUCCCCCUCCUGUGGAUGAAAUAACUAAAGCCUAGAGGAAUGAACUAGUGCUACUGAACUGUUUAAAUUAUUUUUGUGUUAAUAGUACACUUUGAGUAUCUUUUUCCACAUUGAAAUCUUUCUGGAUUAUAAAUGUUUUCCUUACAUUAUUUAACAACGUACGCUGUUUAAAAAAAUAAAUAAACUGAAUUCAAACUUUGGGGGUUUCUCAGCAGCAGCCGUUCAUUGUACAUUUUGCACUAACUCUGGGUGUUGCGCUCCUUGUAAGAUUGCGCUUCGUGCUUCAGUUUGUUACCUUUGUAGACUUAUUUAAUGAAACCAUUCAAAUAAACCAAACUUGCUUUUAUUGA